AUCGAAGUUUCAAAUAAUUAACAGACCUGAUGCCUCGGCUACGCUAUUAUAAUGCAGCGUAUUUUAUUUUACCACACUUAUAUUUCACCACACGUGGAAGAAUGCAAUUGCGCUGUAUAACAAACCUGUUUUAAAGAAUGUGCAAAAAUAUUGAGCAUUAAUCAACACUGCGCGACGCUUUUUUGACAGUUGUUUUAAGUAAACAGCUGAAUGAAAUUAACAUUUUGGUGAUCUAAUGUAGUAAAUUAGGAAUAAAUUUAAAAUAAUUAGCAAUUACAAUUAAAUACAAUAUUUGAGCGUCUACUAUGGCCUCUACGAGUGCUACUGCCUCACAAGAUGCAUGUUAUAUAUCGCUUUUGGGGUUGGCAGAAUAUUUCCGCACCGCACAACCGCCGAACAUAAAGAAAUGCAUUCAAUGCCUGCAGGCGCUCUUCACGUUUCAACCGCCAACGAAAGUGGAGGCUCGUACACACUUGCAAAUGGGACAGAUAUUAAUGGCGUACACACGAAAUAUCGACUUGGCACGUAGUCAUCUCGAGACAGCUUGGAAACUAUCAGAAUCGCUGCUCAAUUUUGAUGAUGUCAAAUUCGAUACCGCGUCACUGCUGGCGCAAUUGCACCUGCAGACUGAACAGAGUUCCUUAGCAAAGGCUAUGUUGCGACGUGCAGUAGAAUUAUCACAAAAUAACGUGUUUUGGCAUUGUAAACUGUUGCUGCAGUUAUCACAAAUACACGCUUCAGACCGCGAAUACUCACUUGCCUCUGAGCUGCUUGCAGUGGGCGCAGAAUCGGCGGAAGAACAAAGCGCAACUUAUUUAAAAGUUUUGUUCCUUUUAUCACGUGCAAUGAUAUUAAUGAUUGAACGCAAAACAAAUGAUGUGUUGGCAUUGCUAAAUUCCGCCGGUGGCAUUAUAGAUAAUCAAAUAGUGAAUGUACAUCAGAAAGAAUACCUCAAGGUAUUUUUUUUAGUACUCCAGGUGUGGUACUACUUGGCAUUAGGACAAGUGAAAACAGUUAAGCCAAGUCUAAAACAAUUGCAAAUGUCAAUACAAACUAUUAUGGCGCCAAACUGGCCUGCUGAUGAGUUGAUAUUCGGUCAAAAUCCCCUUGAGAUGUUUGUUUGGUUACCAAAGGAACAGCUUUAUGUUUUGGUAUAUUUAGUGACAGUGUCACACUCAAUGAUGGCCGGUUAUAUGGACAAAGCGCAGAAAUAUACCGAAAAAGCGCUGACGCAAAUUGAAAAACUCAAAUCACAAGACGACAAACCAAUACUGUCAGUGUUCAAAGUGAUACUAUUGGAACACAUAGUCAUGUGCCGUAUGGUUAUGGGUAAUAGAGAUUUAGCAAUCAAAGAAAUAGCUGCUGCACGUGAUGUCUGCCUACAAUCGUCAAAUCCAAAUUUAUUAAAACGUCAUUCACCACAGCUACAUUGCUUAGUUGGCUUAUAUUCUAUGUCCACAAACUUCUUUGAAAGUGCGGAAAAACAAUUUCUUGCCUGUGUACAUGAGACUAGUGAACGUGAUUUAAAAUUAUUCGCUAAUUUAAAUUUGGCCAUAAUUUAUCUGCGCACAAAAAGAGAUCAGGAUUUAAAACAAAUUUUAGAUGCAGUUUCGACCGAAAACACACAUACAUAUAGUAGUCAAGCGUUAAUGGGCGGAUUCUACUACGUUCAAGGUUUGCAUGCAUUUCACAAGAGCAGCUUUCAUGAAGCAAAGCGCUUCCUACGAGAAACGUUAAAAAUGGCUAAUGCAGAAGACUUGAAUCGUUUGACUUCCUGCUCACUUGUACUGCUUUCGCAUGUCUUCCUUAGCAUCGGAAACUCAAAGGAAAGUAUGAAUAUGGUAACACCUGCCAUGCAAUUAGCUUCCAAAAUACCCGACAUACAUGUGCAGCUUUGGGGUUCGGCUAUACUUAAAGAUUUGCACCGUAUGUCAAAGGAUGUGCAACACGAAAAAGAAGCAUAUGCAAAUCAUGUCAAAUACUCAGAGAACCUAAUUGCUGAUCAACGAAAAUGUAUGCAAAGCGUGCAUCAUAGCUUAAUAAAUUGGCUUAGUGGUGUGCCGCCCAAAACUAGUAACGCUGGUGGUGAUAUGGCGGGUGUAGUUCAAGCAAGUACCAGUAACUCUUCAAUAGUACAACUAACACAACAGCCAACAAUACUUCAGCAGCAGCAGCAACAGCAACAGCAUCAGCAACAACAAAUCCAACAACAUCAACAUCAUCUACAACCACAACAUCAUAUACAACAUAUGCAGCAAUAUGGACAAUUUUAUAAAUAGUACUACUAGAUAUUAAGAGAAGUGUAAGUAUAUUUUUGUAAACCUAAGUUAUAGUUAUUGAUAAGUUUAGCAAUUUUUUUAUAUUUCUACAAAUAUUCUUUUAUUUUUAUUUUUUUUUUAUUUAUUUUUUAC